AUGCUCAGCCUGCUGAGCUUACAGGUGGAGACCAUGUCCUCCUUAUCUAGUCGCGUGUUCCUGUACACGUGGCACGUCGUCCUGGUGUUGUUGGUGGUGCAGUCGAGCGUGCGCCUACAGAGGAGCAGUUGCAAUUUAUGCGGGACAGCGGAGGAGGUGCCUGUCUACCAUCUGGAGGAGUGGAGCAGCAGCGCCUGCCUGGCCUGUGAGGCGCACUGGAUGCGGCAGGUUUAUACACGGAGCUGGUCACAGGGCCAUUCGCAACAGCAGCAGCAGCAGUGGGUGUUGCUGAAAGAGCAAGUGAUUGGCGUAGUUACUGAUGGAGUUGCGCAGCCAGUGCGCCCCGGCUGGGGAGUCAGUCGCCGAGGUGUCUGCUGCACGUGGCCGGUCACACAGAGCAUGGUGCGGCUACCGCGGCCGGCGACUCACUAUCGGGUACGGACCACGACACCUUACGCACCGCUGUCCUAUUCUCUGCCAGCUGGAUGCUCCCACGCAACAGCGGCGACAAGGGUCGCACUGACACUGACGGGGAGGCAUUUGACAGUCAGCAAGGCGGCCGCCCGGGCUUCAAAGAUGUCUAUGUCACCGGCGACAGCCUUGGCUGGUGCUCUAGUUUCUCUGUGCGCCUACACGCUGCGCCACGUGCUGCUCCUCCUCUGAUACCCGGAGACGGAUCUCGUUGUCUACCCAUUUGGGCAGCUGCGCAUCGGCCGCUCUGCGUUCAAGCGGUACACCACACAACCCGCGUCAUACCGUACUAUUUGCGUUGUAAACGAGAGCGACGCUGUUUUUAGCUUUAACUCCUUCAGCGAGCGCCAUGUUGGCAUACAUGUGAGCAUCGAUCCCCUCAUCAACUGCAUCUGCUAGCCAAUGUACAUUGAACACAUGCCCCGGCCAAUGCACCGACGUGGCUUCGCUUACGCCAGCCCCACCAUCGCCGCCUAUGCGAGUUCACUGGAUGCCACGACCGACAUGUACACCCACGGCGCGUACCCUUUUCGGUGUCACCAGCCCUACAAGGAUGAGGACGAGCCGGUGAUCAGCACCAAUAGUGAGGAGGGCGAGCGAUCUGCGCUGUUGGUGCUGCCCUUCCAGCAACGAGAGGAGAGGGCAAAGGCCAGCGGUGCGUCGAGUUGAAACGAAGGAAAGCAGACGCACACAGCGAAGGGGUGGGGAACUCGUCGUUGGUGUCUUGGCUGUCCCUCUCGUUCUACCGGCUUGCUGCGGUCAUUCUCACGGCGUGAGUUGCUGUGCGGGGUGUGCACCUCUGCGUGCCCUUUUUUUGUGUUCGUUUCGUGUCGCAUUUUUCGAUGUGUUCGUCUUCCCUCCCCACCCUCAUGCAGGCGCGGCUGCCUGUCUUCCUUUUUUUUUUCGCACUUUCCCCACUGA